AUGAGAAUUUUUGCACCAAACGAGGUUGUUGCCAAGUCUCGUUUCUGGUACUUUUUGCAAAAAUUGCACAAGGUCAAGAGAGCUUCCGGUGAAGUUGUUUCUGUCAACCAAAUUCAUGAAGCCCACCCAACCACCGUUAAGAACUUCAGUGUUUGGGUUAGAUACGACUCCAGAUCUGGUACUCACAACAUGUACAAGGAAAUCAGAGAUGUUAGCAGAGUCGCUGCUGUCCAAACUUUGUACCAAGACAUGGCUGCUAGACACAGAGCUAGAUUUAGAUCAAUUCACAUUUUGAAGGUGGCUGAAAUUGAAAAGACUGCUGAUGUCAAGAGACAAUACAUCAAGCAAUUCUUGAGCAAGGAUUUGAAAUUCCCAUUACCUCACAGAGUUCAAAAUUCUACCAAGGUCUUCUCUUACAAGAGACCAACUACCUUUUAUUAA